GAUUACUAGAAAAAAUUUCCAGUAAUAGCACUGUUGUUCCUCUACUCUGUACAGUAGCUCAAGGUUUAAUUUUUUGAUAUUUUUCCUUCCCCUGCUAACGAACCACUUUUCGUCAAGAUACCGUACGUGUCCAAACCUGUCGAUCCUCUAAUGCAAUAGGGCAGGGGAGAUGAGACAUGACAAGACAAGUCAAGUCAAGUCAAGUCAAAUAAGUACGAGUUACUCAGAAACGAACAGAGCUAAGCUAAUAAUAAUAGAUAGCCCAAAAGUGGUCAAUGCUUUUGGAUUUGCUUGUUCCUCCUGUAUUGGCUUGAGGGAAUAUUGCAAUCGCAUCCUUGUACCUGCCAGCGUUAGGUCGCACGCCGAACUGUUUGUUGCUUGUCUGAAACACGCAGAGGCUAGAGUAUCCUCGAUUGUUUACGAAACGAAGCAUCGCUGGUGAUAAUUUGUUCGCAUCACGGAAACCGAAAAGAUUAUGACGGCACUGUCAACUGCUAUCAGGACCAUACACGACCUUAAACCAAACCAUUUUUUUUCGGAACAACCGGGGCCGUUGCCAUCUCCCCAGGGAAGGCGUCGCGGCCAAGGUCAAUUUCAUCACUAUCAAUCACCCCAAAGCACGGAGCGAUCACACAGGGUCAUGGGCAGCGACAGCGACAACGACCCGAACCUACUAGGCGAUGACGCGGAAAAGGACGCGAGCAACGGCAGAAAACGCGAGAAGACUCGCUCGCUAUCACCAUGCCCGUCGUUUUUGCCGUUUGACGUAGAAGACAAAAAAUGUGCGGUUUACGUUGGUGACAUUCCAUUCAAUGGACGAAAUCGAUGCAGGAUUUGUUUUGGAAACGGCGACCGAAGCAUAGAUAGGGGCAGCAUACAGGAUUGUGACAACGAUACCGUCGAUAGCAACAUCGCUAGCGAUGAUGACAUUCUUGUUUCAAGUGACCGAAGCAAUCCCAAAAAUAAAGAUGGGGCAUGCGCAUGCGAAACCGAGUUGAAGGCAUACAUCCGAGGGCGAAUAUUUGCUGCAUACAAGACCCCCAUCCGAUACAUCGGGAUUCGUUCCUGUCGAUUCUUUGCACUUCCAGCUCGUUCUACCAGCUCAUCUACAAGCACGGAGAAAAACGACGCUGAAGACGACGAAGAUACGACCAAACCAUGCGACACAAACAGCAACCUCCACCGUCGUUCUGACCGCCGCCUUCGAAUAGCGGCCUGUAUCGAAUUUGAAAACCCAAGGCUGGCAGAGUAUUCAUUGGGACUCAAGUACACGACCUUUUCCUUCCGAAGCCAUCCGACCGUACGAGCGGCCUUAAAAUUCCGUCCCUGGGCGAUAGAAUCCCGUCUUUCACAACAACUUACCCCAAGGAUGCCUCCAAAACACCAGAAUUCAAAGGAACAGCAAUUGGCUCCUCCAAAGAAUGUCCUACCGAGGCCCAUAUCCAGCCCACCGCAUCGGAGAAAUCUUGUUUGCGACAUUGAUUGCAACUCCAGCGACGAACAAUCGCCAUCGUCGAGCAUAAGUUUUUCGCCAUCACCUCCAACCUCCUCGUGCCUUGUCCUCAUCACAAACAUUCCCUCCGAUGUGACGUGCGACGAACUCGCGGCAUUUCUUGUCGAACGAAUGAACAGGGCCUUCCGCGGAAAACCUUCACCGACAAUUCUCCGCCUCGCCAUUCGGAAAUCCAAGGCUAUGGAUGCCGAUAGAAGCGAUCCUGCUACCGAUAGAAAUGACCAAUCCCGACCAAUCCGAAACCACGCAUGCGUGGAAUUUCAAGAUGCAAGGGCUGCCUUUCGGGCAACAACGUUGAAACACCGACGCUGGCACGCGAAGCCACAGGAAUGCGAGACCGAAAACAACGUAGGCAAUGGCUUUGGGGCAGGGGGCUGCAGUGGCACAAAAGGCAGCGACAAGACGAGAGAUUCGGCAAGAGCGCCCUGCCUUGGAAUCGAAAUCUGGGAUCCCACGAAACACGACGUAAAUGAUUUUUUCAUUGGAAAUGAGAGUAGUAUUCCUGAAGCAAUCAAUACCGAUGACGGCACGGAAGACGAUAUAUCUGAAAGCUCCAAUUUGGUCGCCGAAAAGGAUGAAAAGAGCGAUGGUGUGCGCACAGCAUCUGAGCUGACCGAAAACGAGAUCGAACCAAAAUUAAAAACCCUUUUCGAAGAGCUGAAAGAGGAUGGCUUUCUAGUGUGUAAGCACGCGAGCAUAAACCAGAAGCUUGAUCACCUCUUUGCGAUACCCGGAAGUGGAAAGAAGGCAUCCAUGUGUCAAGGAUACGCAUUUCGUGGUAGAAUAUGUCGGGCUUACAGGCGAUCUCUAGGCAUCGAUAAUGACAACAAUACAAGGGGAUCUGCCAGCAGCAAUCACUCAUGUCCAUACGUACACAUCGAUUCGCUCGAGGAUUUGGAAGAUCCCCUCGACGUUCUAGCUAUAUUAUACUUUGUCCAUAACAACGACGACAUCAAUUUUGUUCCUGGACACGGCUGGACACCCCAAGAAUACCUCCAACAACAGCAAUUUAAGCUUUCUGCACUACCUCCAUCUCAACACCAACAACCUACCCAGUCAAAAUCUAUGGAAGAAGUAGUUGAAAAAUUGCAGAAUGAUCUCUCGGAAGUUCGAACCCAAUUGGCCAUCACCCAACAAGAGCUUCUCAAGUCUGAAAAUGCAAACGAAUACCUACUCGAAAAACAAUCCAAGGCUGCUCUGAUCGAACCAUCCAAUACAUCCUCAAAACAAGAAGUACAAGAAAAGGAUACAAUCCGGUCGUUGCAAGACGAAAUUGCCCGAUUGAAAAUUCAUCUCGACGAAAAAGACCAAAAUUUGAAAGCAUCAGAACGAGAUGCAGCAGAAAUCAGGCGCGAGUGCUUUGCCUUGAUAGAACAAUCCAGAAAUUCCACGAAACAGGUAGCAAACAAGCAUAUAUCCGAUGAUAACUUGAAAUCGGAUAUCAUGAAGCUCAAGGAGGAACUUCAGCAAACUCGAUCAGAUAUUCAAAAACUUGAUCAAACCCGCUAUUUCAAUCCCAACUCACACGUCGGGCACGUCUGGGCCCAAGGGAAAAUGGAUAAUUUUAUUCAAACUAGCGUACCCGCACUAAUGGAAUUAGCGGGCGGAACCCAAAACGAGCAACAACAGCAGCAUGCCAUGUAUCAUUCUUUGAAUAAUUCCCUCUCUUCAUUGACCCGUGAUGGACCCGAUGAAUCGAAAACAACGGAAUCCGUAAAAUCUGUCGCUCUGCAAGCCGAAAUAGCCGCUGUUCAAUCUUUAUACGGCAGAGAAGCGGUAGUCACGAGCAGUGGAUCGUCAACUACAGUGACGCGAUACAUCAUACUCCCCGUUCUCAAUUCUCAAGCGGGAGACAUCACGGUGACCCUAAUCAUCACUCUUCCAAAGGGCUACCCAUCGCAAGGCGUUGUUGAAAUUGAUGCCAAUGCCCUGCCUCACAGUUUUCCAAGGAUCAAAGAAUGUAUAUCGAGCUUGUUGCUCGUUUGUCAAUGGGAAGCAGAAGCUUGCACCGGGAGUCCAGCAGUGAUCAGAAUCAUGAAAAAGGUCGAGCAAUGGGUACAAAACGAUUGGGAGAUCCUCCAAAGGAAACUCACUUCAAUGGGCCAUGGUAUGAAUGAAGAAACGCGAAAAACAUUUUUCCAUUCGAUGUGACGAGGAAGAGGCGCUAGUUAGAAGCAAUGUUUUUCUCGCCUUCCACCUUGCCUCACAAAUUCCUUAGCCUACUUCAUACUGCAAGGUUCAGAACGAUUGAAACAAUUGAAUAAACCCAUAGUUUCUGGAAACCCUGUUUCUGAUAGCUCGAUAAAUCACUAUAAGCUACGAAGAUCGAGGAAGUCUGUGACUUGCGACAUU